AUGGGUACAGAGAGCAUCAUGCAGCGGCUCGAGCAGAUCGAGCCCAAGAUUGUCUUCUUCGAAAGUUCUGUGCAUUACAACGGAAAGCUGCGCUCCCUGACCGAGAAAUACGAACAAUGCCUAGGCCGGCUUCGAAAGGUGGCUGAUUUCAAACGCGCGGUGCUUAUCAUUCGCGAUGAGCCCUAUUCCAAGGAACAACCCGACAGCACAACCUGGGGUCGCUUCUUGAGCACAGCAAAGGGCCGUCCACUGACUUUUGAACAACUGCCUUUCAGUCACCCUGGAUUUAUUGUAUAUUCUUCUGGAACGACCGGCGCUCCCAAAUGUAUAGUUCACAGUGCGUGUGGACUCCUAAUGCAAGUCAAGAAAGACUACCUUCUUCAUUUGGAUGUGCGCCCAGGCGAUACAGUGUACCAAUAUACCACGACUGGAUGGAUCAUGUGGGCAAUGGUUCUAUGCGGUCUUUCUUACGGAGGCAGUGUGGUCGUAUAUGAUGGCUCUCCGCUGUAUCCGGACCCGUUGGUCACCCUUCGCCUGGUGGAGAAGCUGAAAGAUGGGAAGACUAAGUAUCAGAAGGCAUAUUUCGAGCGAUUCGGAAACAAUAUCUGGACCCAAGGCGACUUUAUUUCGGCGUCGCCCGUAUCAGGCGGUUUCACCAUAUUAGGCAGAAGGUCAGUCUUUCAGGAGGGAGGGAAACCGUUUCCUUCGUCAACAUCCCCAGGCUCAAAUGGAUCGUUAGUACAUAUACUAACCGAGGAAAUACAAUCCAGCGAUGGUGUCCUCAAUCCCUCCGGUGUACGAUUCGGCUCGGCGGAAAUCUACCAGGCGAUUAAGAAAUUCACAGAGUUCGAAGAAACUAUAUGUAUCGGUCAGCGUCGUCCCCAAGAUAACGAUAAGGCUGUGAUUCUGUUCGUUAAGAUGAAAGGCUCACAACAUUUGACAAAAGCCCUGAUCGUCUCCGUCCGCUCGGCCAUCUCGACUUCACUGAGUCCUCGCCACGUGCCAAAAUUCAUUUUCGAUGUUCCGGAGAUCCCUUACACCAUCAAUGGCAAGAAGAUUGAACUUGCAGUGAAGCAAAUCGUCUCUAGCCAAGUCAUCACGCCAUCAGGGGCCGUGAUGAACCCCGAAAGCCUGAAAUUCUUCCAAAGAUUCGCCCACGACUCGUACUUGAAGCAGAAAGUGGAAGAGCCAAAAAACCAGCUUUGA